AGCUGGCUGCUUGUUAGCCUGCAGAUAUGCUGUGCGUUGGCUUAGAUGCCUUUUAAAACAUUUCUGCCUUGGAGAGUUAUUGCUUAUUUUUUUCAUGAAAUCAAAGCACAAGCCAGGGUUCCACCUGAACUGACCGUGAAUCCACCUCUGAUCACAGAGAUGGACUCAGUCAUACUGAGCUGUCAGACUCCAUCAUCUGUUUCUGUGCCUCAGUGUGAUUUUUAUAUUGCAAGCCAGAAACUGUCCAAAGGUUCCUCCUGUGUGCAGACACUGACAGCGACUGAGCUGCUGAAGAUCACACAUAAGAGUGUACCUGCUGAGGUUGAAGUGAGAUGUUCUUACACUGUACAGGUUUAUAGUCAUAAACAUACAUCUCCUGACAGCCAGCCAUCCACCAUCAUCAUAAACAAUCUUCGUCCACCUAAACUGACAGUGAGCCCGCUGAUGAUCACAGAGACAGACUCAGUCACAGUGAACUGUCAGGCUGUUUCUGUGUCUUGGUGUUAUUUCAUCAUUACAGGCGAUAAAACAGCCAAAUCAGGUCCUUGUUUGUGGACUCUAACAGGAGCUGAAUUUCUGUCAUGGACACGUAAAAGUUUACCUGUUACAGUUGAAAUGACCUGUUAUUACAUUUUUAAAUAUAAAUCUCCAGUGAGCAACAUGUCAGCAAUCACCAUACAAACUCCUCGGCCUGAACUGACAGUGAAUCCACGGAUGAUCAUACAGCCAUACUCAGUCACAGUGAACUGUCAGACUCCAUCAUCUGUUUCUGUGACUCAGUGUUUUUUGUACUUUAUGAGAAGAAGAAAAUCUACGUUCAUCUCCUGUCAGCAGACACUGACAGGAACUGAGCUCCUCUCUAUGGCACAGCAGAGUUCACCUGCUGAGGUGGAAGUCACAUGUUUUUACAUGUCUCAGCAUAAAGGAGGACAAUACCAGUCUCCUCACAGUAACAUAUAUUCCAUCAGCAUACAAACUCCUCGGCCUGAACUGACAGUGAAUCCGCAGAUGAUCAUAGAAACAGACUCAGUCACAGUGAACUGUCAGACUCCAUCAUCUGUUCCUGUGACUCAGUGUUUUUUGUACUUUGUGAGAGGAAGAAACUCUACAUCCAUCUCCUGUCAGCAGACACUGACAGGAACUGAGCUCCUCUUUAUGGCACAGCAGAGUUCACCUGCUGAGGUUGAAGUCACAUGUUUUUACAUGUCUCAGCAUAAAGGAGGACAAUAUCAGUCUCCUCAUGGCAACAUAUAUUUCAUCAGUAUACAAAAUCCUCGACCUGAACUGACAGUGAAUCCAUGGACGAUCACAGAGACAGACUCAGUCACAGUGAACUGUCAGACUCCAUCAUCUGUUUCUGUGACUCAGUGUUUUUUGUACUUUAUGAGAAGAAGAAAUUCUACGUCCAUCUCCUGUCAGCAGACACUCACAGGAACUGAGCUCCUCUUUAUGGCACAGCAGAGUUCUGCUGAGGUGGAAGUGACAUGUUUUUACAUGUCACAGCAUAAAGGAGGACAAUACCAGUCUCCUCACAGUAACAUAUCUUUCAUUAACAUACAAACUGAAAACAACACUUUGACCUCUGCUCCUCCUCCUUACAUCAACUUCACAAGUGACACAAUCACAAGAAACCCAACUAUUGUACCUUUUGCUCGUAAAAUUCUACCUAUAGUUGCAACUGGUUUUGGUGUAACUGUGGGCAUCAUCUCACUGACAGUGGCUCUUGUUUUUGCGAAAAGAAGAAGUGGUGACUUUUCAAACACAAAAAAAACUGACCAAGAAGGAUCGUUACCUCGAAAUGAUAAUGAAGCCUUCAAUAUGAUCAGUUUAGUUCCUGGUGAGGACCCACCAAAAGAGUCCAGAUCUGUGUUACUUGCUGGGUCUGAUCAACUGAGCAGAGAAGAGUCUCAAACUGAGAAUUCUUCUGUAUGCCACGUGUACUCCACCAUCCCUGAGGAGCCGGAUGAAAGAUCUUUGAGGAAGGUGGAUGUGGUAUACAGCACUCUACAGUACUCCACCAACCCUGAGAAGCCAGAUAAGAGAUCUUCGAGGAAAACGGAUGUGGUAUACAGCACUCUACAGCUACACGGAAACAAAUUAAAAAGUACUGUAUUGGCAAAGAACAGAAGAUAAGACUAAAUGGCCAUUACACACUCAAGCAAUAUCCAUAAGGCAGGAAGGUAUUUUUCUUCCUUUUCUUUUUCUUUUUUGUAGGAGUCUCACCUGGAUAACAUUUUUAUGUUGCAUGAAACAUAAUAAUUUCCAAAACAUUAACAGAAUUAUUAAACCUGAUUUAACAUUUUGUAAGUGCUUACUUUCUGAUGUCAGUUCAGAUCUUUGUAUUACCAAUGCACUGAGUAUUAUUCAAGCAGCAUUUGUGUUUUCUACAAAAUAUGUUCUGUAGAACAUUAUGAAGGUUAUUACAUGCUGUAAUUAUCACUGUGCCUCACAAGGGCAGUGCCAGC